CAUCGUAUAUUUAACCAUUUCUUUAUUUUGUAACAGUGUGCUCUCGAUAAUACUGUUGCUUGUCUUCCUCAUCAAUUAUCAUGGAGCUUCUAUUUUCCUCUUUCACCCCGAUAUGUUUUUUCAUCCUUUUCUUGUUCAUGGCUGUCAAAACAAUAAAGAAACCAAAAGCCUGGAAUUCAAGCUCAAAGAUGCCUCCAGGGCCCUGGAAAUUACCUCUAAUCGGAAACUUACACCAGCUGGGUGGCUCACCACCGCAUCGCCGCCUCAGAGACCUGUCCAUGAAGCAUGGACCGCUGAUGCACCUCCAGCUAGGUGAAGUUUCCACCAUUGUUGUUUCUUCUCCGGAGAUCGCCCAACAAGUUAUGAAGACCCAUGACAUCAACUUUGCAGACAGACCCUUUCUGGUUUCCAUCAAACUCUUAACUUAUGGCUACACUGAUAUUGCUCUUUCACCCUAUGGAAAUUACUGGAGACAGCUGCGAAAAAUAGCAACCUUGGAGCUGUUAAGUGCGAAGCGGGUCCAAUCAUUUCGCUCAAUCAGGGAAGAGGAGGUCUCAAAUCUCAUCAGAGCCGUACAUUCUGGUGAAGGAUCAGUGAUCAAUCUCAGUGAUAAGAUUUUCAGAUUGACAUACAGCAUAAUUGGCAGGACAGCUUUUGGAAACAAAUGCAAGGACGAAGAGGGUUUCAAAUCAUACAUAGUGGAAGCCGUUGAGGCAGCUGCAGGUUUCUCCAUGGCUGAUUUGUUCCCUUCGGUUAAAGCACUUGAGGUGAUGAGUGGAAUGAGAAUGAAGCUUGAAAAGCUGCAUCGGAAGAUUGAUAGAAUACUUGAAGAAAUUCUGAAUGAGCAUAAAGAGACAACAAAAAGUGACCAAGGAGAAGAAAAGGAAGAUUUGGUUGAUGUUCUUCUGAGAAUCCAGCGUGAUGGUGAACUUGCCUUGAGUGACAGCAAUAUCAAAGCAGUUAUAUUGGAUAUAUUUAGUGCUGGCAGUGAAACAUCAACCACAGCAGUAGAAUGGGCAAUGGCAGAAAUGCUAAGAAACCCAAGAAUACUGAAAGAGGCACAAGCUGAGGUAAGACGAGUUUUUGACAGAAAAGGAAACGUCGAUGAAGCUGGAAUCCAUCAACUCAACUACUUGAAAUUAGUAAUAAAAGAAACCCUGAGGCUGCACCCUUCUGCACCUCUUCUCCUUCCAAGAGAAACCAGAGAGAGCUGUAAGAUUAACGGAUACGAGAUACCAUUGAAAACCAGAGUCCUUGUUAAUGCAUGGGCAAUUGGAAGAGAUCCCAGAUACUGGAGUGACCCUGAAACGUUUUAUCCUGACAGAUUUCUGAACAAGUCGAUUGAUUUCAGAGGGUCGGAUUUUGAAUACAUCCCAUUUGGUGCUGGAAGGAGAAUAUGCCCAGGCAUAACGUUUGCACUGCCAAAUAUUGAGUUGCCACUGGCGCAACUGCUGUAUCAUUUUGAUUGGAAGCUCCCAAAUGAGAUGAAGCCUGAAGAUAUGGACAUGACUGAGGCCUUCGGUGUGACGGUAGCCAUGAAAAAAGACUUGAUGUUGAUUCCAAUUCCUUAUCGUUGUUCCUGAUAAUAAUUUUGCAUAUAUAAGAACAUGAAAAAUGGCAGAAGUCACCUAAGGAGACCGCUAUAUUUACAUAUGGUGUUUCUGGAUUUCUAACCAAGUCAUGUUCCUACAUUUCAA